UAUUAGGCUAGCCCCUUUUUGACCAAGUGUCAGAGUGAUUGAAUUGAUUCAAGUUCCACAAGUCGCGGUUCUUCAUCUUAGACAUAAUUUGCGUUUUCAGAUGGAAAAUUUACAAGUUCUUUCUCCGAAUAUCCAGUUACCUUAAUUAAUCAAGCGAUGUAUUCCAUGCCUUGUUAACGUUCUUAACGCGGUGGUUUUUGUGUAGAAUUGGGACAAUUGAUUUACGCCGAAUACUCGACCUUCCCUUGCUCUGCGGCGAUCCCAUACUCGACUUACCGUCAAGAUGACCUUCCUCGCGACCUUGGCCAGCUAUGCGGCCCCUAUAUUCUUGAUUCUGUCUCCGAUAUUGUCCUACACAGAUCAAGCGGUUGCCAUGCAUAGGGCAAGAUCAAGUGCUGGGUUCUCUCUGGAUAUCCCUCUUAUCAUGCUUGUCGCAUCGAUAUUCAGGAUAUUUUACUACCCAGGCGCGAAAUUUGAUCAGGCCCUAUUAAUCCAGUCGUUUUGCAACAUUUUUAUACAACUCAUCCUUCUGAAAAUUGCUCUCGACCACCGACCGCCACCAUCAUCGAAGGGGGGUGAUGCUGCGCUUCCUUUUGCAGGCGCCCAGGAUGGGUUCGGAGGGUUUCAACGACCAUAUAAUUUCUGGCAGUGGCGCUCGCCAAAGCCUUAUUGGCAAUUUUUAUUGUCCCUAUUUAUUAGUUUAACUAUACUCGAGUUAUUAAUUGCGCCGUUCCAAUCAUUCUAUUCCGGGUAUUCCGCCUUAAUAGGUUAUAUCGGUCUGUCUGUGGAAGCAACAUUGCCCAUCCCGCAGCUGGUUGCCAACUCGCGUUCUAAAUCUUGCAAAGGGUUUCGUUUCUCUGUGUUGGCAAGUUGGCUGGUCGGAGACGCUAUGAAGAUGUUUUGGUUCUUCACGUCCACUUCCGCUAUUCCAUGGUCCUUCAAACUCUGUGGCAUCUUCCAAGCCGGUUGCGACUUUCUCAUCGGUGUCCAGUAUUUGAUGUACGGUGACCAGCAACCAACUAUGAAGGCGCAACAGGGGUGGCCAUAUCCAAGCGGUAAGCCGCAUUUGACCGGCUCAUUCAAUAGCGGGCGACAAACGCCAACCGGAAGAGGGACUCCGUUAGGCGAGAAGACGAUUUAGAUGAACAACUUGGAACCUCACGACUUACUCAAUCUGCUCUAAUCUAACGUAUUAGAGGUUAGCUCUCAUAUAGACAAAUAAUGAUAUAAUGAAGAAAGUAGUAUGAUUGAAAAUGAAGCCUAGAAUUUCG